GGAUCACUCGUGAAGCUCUCCUUUACUAGGUCAAGAUUAACCCGCUUUCAAUAGGAAAAACUAAUAAUAACUUUGUGGUUGAUAACAAGGAGGAACCUGGUUAAGUCAAACACGUUCUUCUGUGUUUUCAUUGCUUAACCAUACUUCCCUUUUCUUUUCUUUGGAAGGGAGAGAUUAUAACGGGCAAAAAAUGGGAAACCACCACUAUUGGUGGGAAGGCAAGAAAUGACGACCAGCAUGGGCUGAACAUUUUGGUAGCACAGCUAGCUAGUCAAAAGAAAUGACACAAUUUAAUUUGGCACCACCAUAUAUAGGUCAUAGUUGGACAUAAUUACCCAGAAUGAUCUCUGUUUGCUAGGUCUUGUGAAGCCAUUUAAAGCCUGUCUUUUUUUCUCUCCUCCCUCUCUUUGUAUAUAUUUUUGAUUGACCAGCAAUUUGAGACAAACUAGGAGUUUCUACAGUUUCUCUCCUCUUCCUUCCUUAAGUUUGUGCAACUUGGUUGCAGAGCUUGUUCUUCAGGCACCAAUGGCUUCAUCAACCUCAGGCCCAAAAAAAGUGCUGUCAAGGUUCCGCCAAGUCGUUGGGCUAUUGCUUCCGCAUUCGAAAUCUACACCACCACCUGUUAGCAGUACUGAUGAUGACAAAGUGACCACUGAUGAUCACCAAGUGAGUACUGAUGAUCACAAAGUGAGUACUGAUGAGAAAGUGAAGUCUGGUGGUGAAGAUAUCAAUUGGGAUAAUGUUGGUUUUGGUCUAACUCCCACGGAUUUCAUGUUCUUAAUGAAAUGCCCUGUUGGAGACAAAUAUUCAGAAGGACACCUUGUUCCCUAUGGAAAUCUUGAGAUAAGCCCAUCCUCUUCAGUGUUAAACUACGGACAGGGAUUGUUUGAAGGGAUGAAAGUAUAUAGGAGAGAAGAUGACAGAAUCAUGAUCUUUAGGCCAGAAGAAAAUGCUCGACGCAUGCAAAUGGGAGCAGAGAGACUGCUGAUGCAAGCACCAACGACCGAGCAAUUUAUUGAUGCUGUGAAGAAAACUGCCCUUGCAAACGAGCGUUGGGUGCCUCCCCAUGGGACGGGAACAUUGUACCUGAGGCCUUUGCUAAUGGGAAGUGGAGCUGUUUUGGGUAUUGGACCAGCUCCUGAAUGCACAUUCCUUAUCUUUGCAUCUCCUAUCCGCAACUCUUACAAGAGUGGGAUCGACGCCUUUAACUUGUCUAUCGAGACCAAACUUCAUCGAGCUUCCCCUGGUGGAACUGGAGGUAUCAAAAGCAUUACCAACUAUGCUCCGGUUUUUGAAUCAGUGAAGCGAGCGAAGGCUGCAGGGUUUGAUGAUGUCCUGUUCUUGGAUGGAGAAACUGGAAAGCAUAUUGAAGAGGCUUCUUCGUGUAAUGUUUUCAUGUUGAAGGGUAAUGUCAUUUCAACCCCCACCAUACUCGGGACAAUUUUGCCUGGAAUUACUAGAAAAAGCAUCCUGGAGAUUGCUCAAGAUUGUGGUUAUGAGGUCGAAGAAGGACGUAUUCCAGUUGAGGAUGUGCUUGCUGCGGAUGAGGUAUUUUGCACAGGAACUGCAGUUGUAGUCACUUCUGUUGCCAGCAUAACCUAUCAGGAACAAAGGGUGGAAUAUAAAACAGGAGAGAACACAGUGUGUCACGAACUGCGAACAGCCCUUACAGGAAUUCAAACUGGACUUGUUGAGGACAAGAAGGGAUGGACUGUCCACCUUAAUUAAGCUUCUCAAAACCCCAGAGAAUCCUUCUCUGCAUCAACUGAUGAAUGGUUGUAGCAAUUAAUUGGCCGGACAUGCAAUACAAAUCUUGAAGGAAGGAUUUGUUCAUUGCUUAUCAGUUAACCUGUUAGUUCACAUGAAGAUACGAAAAAAACAAAGAAAAAUCUGCCAUCUUUACAUAUGGAUGGUGAACACGAGCGUAGUUAAACAAAGCCCGAGUCCAAAUGACUGUAGUUUCCUCGAGGACUAUACCCUUUUUGUAUGGUUCAUCAAUUAUUAAACUUGAAAGAGCAAUAAAGAUGGCAACUUUCUUGA